UUCAACACACUUUUUAUAUUGUGGUCUGGAUCUGAUCAAAAUCAAAUACAAAUACAGUAAGGUCAGCCCACAACAUUUUGUGAACAGACAUUUUGAGUUUUAGAUGGGCCGAGAGCUCUAACAUUGAAAUCAAUAUGACAAUGACGUUCAGGACGAAGAGAAGUGGGGUAGUUUGUUCAAAUUGGUUUCUAGACAUGGGGACUAGUUUAGGUUUUCUUGCAAAGAUAUAUUUAGGUGGACUAACUAAACCGAAAGAGAAAAUCUGCUAUGAAAUUUAAAAAAAAACACCACAAAUCAACGUGAAUGCUUCUUGACUAGCAAAUAAAAAUAGGCUCGGGUGCGCGACUUGCCGUGGUCGAGAGCGGCGGUAGCGCGCACCAGGCUGAGCCCGAAAACGACUGUCUAUUGCAGAGGGAGAAACGAAGAGGAGAGCAAGUGCACCCAGCAACAUCAUUGCUUCCCCGUAUGCAGACGGUCAUUGUUUUGUAAAUUAUGUACAAAUAUAGCGUAGGAAAUUAUUGUGUCUGCGGUGAAUCGUCUUCAUGAGAGAAUGCGACUAAAAACUAUUUUAUCAUAUGCACGGGGCACCUAUAACGACUUUAUCAAAUCAGACUGUGAUUCGACGUUAACUGGGGAUUUGCUGGCUAGGAUUUAACGACGCGGUCAAAUCAAGAGAGCUGUACAUCGAACGGUAAAGGAGUAGCCCACCUGCCAACGAUAGAGUGCAUAAGAAAGACGUAGUUCCUUAACUUAGAAUAGAGAAAUUGUACAUUUUAAAUAAUGUAGAGAAUGCAAUCCAAUAAACAUCGUUGAGAGACGAUAUAUGUGUUUUCGCCUGGUAAUACCGCGACAACGGAAUACAUUCUCUCAGCGGACAACACAGGAUGUCGCAAAUGGGGUGUAUCUGAUGAUCCCUUCACUGCUACCUUGAAGGAAGGCGUGUCACUCGUACGUGUUGGCAAGACCUCUCCCUCUGUUGAGUGACCAGGUGUGCCCAGGCAAGGUUUGCUUGUGAGGAGGAACCUGCAUGAAGGAGAUGGAGAGAAGAAAAGUAAGGACUGAGAAGUAGACAAAAAAAAAAAAAAUAUUGAAAGGGAGGUGGUGGUCUACCCAACUUUUUGCAUAUACCCACCAAUGCUGUUGUGAACCUUGAGCAGGAAAGAAAGAGAGAGAGAGAGAGAGAGAGAGAGAGAGAGAGAAUCCAAGACGGAGGAGAAGAGAAAGAGGAGCAUAGGCCCUCUCGGUAGACGACCGGGGGUUACGGGCAAUUUGCAGCACUGGAAGGAAGCGCGGUCUGCACUCCGUGGUGGGCGCGAGGGUGACCACUGAGGGAGAGAGACGGGGACUGUCGGAGAGCCCGAGGGGUGGCGGAGGAGGGGGAGGGGGAGGCGACGGCCCAGGAGGAGCGGAAAAGCUUAUCUCCCAUGGCGACUGACCCCGGAGAGCCUACGGCUACCGAGGACUCCUCGGAGAAGCCUGAUGGAGGGAGGGGGGAGGAGGAGGCGGAAGAGGGGGGCCGCGCGGUGGCAGCAGCCCGGGAGAGAGCGCGGACGCGAAGCACCCCCUCCGACUUUCCCUCCUCCCAGACGCAGGAGAGGAGAGCAGGAGGAAGAGCUGCAGGAGGAGGAGGAGAGGACGGAGGAGACACCGGGGCCGACGGGCCGGAGGUGCCCCGAAACACACGCUCCCUUUCUUUCUCCACGCCCUCCUCCCCAACCACCCACCACCAGCACCCCCACCCCCACCCCCACCAUCACCACCACCACCACCACCACCACCAGCAGAGCAGCCGGCUGAGGCGUGAGAACAAACGCUUCUUCCGCAAGAGUGUCGAGAUCUGCGAGGAGGAAGACGAGCCGGAGGAGGCCACCGCCGCGGCUACUUCAGCCCCAGAUACCCCGCAAAGUGCCCCCCAUCUGCAGGUGUGCGCCUCAGACUCUGUGUUCGCGCCCGGCGAUGCUCCCCAGCAGCAGCAGCUUCCUGCCAGUGCCCAUGCAGCCCUGGGCGAGGAGGGUGCUCCUGACGGGGCAUGCCAGGACCCCGACAAGACAGGGGGAGCAUCCACCUCCACUGCAUCCACACCGCGGGCCAAGGAGCGCGAGGAGCAGGAAGAGGAGGCUGAGAUGAAGGCCGUGGCCACCUCACCCAGCGGACGUUUCCUGAAAUUCGACAUCGAGCUCGGCCGAGGGGCCUUCAAAACUGUCUACAAAGGCUUGGACACGGAGACCUGGGUGGAAGUGGCCUGGUGUGAACUCCAGGACCGCAAGCUGACCAAGGCGGAGCAGCAGCGCUUCAAGGAGGAGGCGGAGAUGCUGAAAGGCCUGCAGCACCCCAACAUCGUGCGUUUCUACGACUCCUGGGAGUCCGGCAAAAGUGGCAAAAAGUGCAUCGUCCUGGUCACCGAGCUCAUGACGUCAGGAACGCUCAAAACCUAUCUGAAGCGCUUUAAGGUGAUGAAGCCCAUGCUGCGCAGCUGGUGCCGGCAGAUCCUGAAAGGCCUGCAGUUCCUGCACACGCGCACGCCGCCCAUCGUGCACCGAGACCUCAAGUGCGACAACAUCUUCAUCACCGGGCCAACGGGCUCGGUGAAGAUCGGCGACCUAGGCCUGGCCACGCUCAUGAGGACGUCCUUCGCCAAGAGUGUCAUCGGUACCCCUGAGUUCAUGGCUCCUGAGAUGUACGAGGAGCACUACGAUGAGUCAGUGGACGUCUACGCCUUUGGCAUGUGUAUGCUGGAGAUGGCCACCUCUGAAUAUCCCUAUUCCGAGUGCCAGAAUGCUGCUCAAAUCUACCGCAAAGUCACCAGUGGUAUCAAACCAGCCAGUUUUGACAAGGUGAACGACCCCGAGAUUAAGGAAAUCAUCGAGGGCUGCAUUCGCCAGAACAGAACCGAACGACUCUCCGUCAAGGACCUGCUGAACCACGCGUUCUUCGGCGAAGACACGGGCGUGCGGGUGGAGCUGGCGGAGGAGGACACGGGCUGCCAGGAGUGCCUGGCGCUGCGCAUCUGGGUGGAGGACCCCAAGAAGCUGAAGGGCAAGCACAAGGAUAACGAGGCCAUCGAGUUCAGCUACGACCUGGAGAACGACAGCGCUGAAGAAGUGGCCCUGGAGAUGGUGAAAUCGGGCUUCUUCCAUGAGAGCGACACCAAGGUGGUGAGCAAGUCCAUCCGCGAUAGGGUCAUUCUCAUCAAGAAGUCUCGAGAGCGGCGGCAGCUGCAACUACUGCAGCAACAGCAGCAACAGCAGCUACAGCAGCAGCAACAACAACAACAGCAGCAGCAGCAGCAACAACAGCAGCAGCAGCUACAGCAGCAACAGCAGCAACAACAGCAGCAGCUACAGCAGCAACAGCAGCAGCAACAACAACCUGGCGGCUUGGAGGAGAGGAGAGACUCCACUUUCACCUCCGCUUCCUACUCCUGCUCCCACCCCUCUUGCCCCUCCUCCAUGGGCCCAGGGGCGGCCCCCAGUGCUGUGGGGGCCACCGGGGGCCACGGGGAGGCAGAGGAGCUGCCGGAGGUGGACCAGCACGUCAGACAGCAGACCAUCCACAGCAGUGCCUCUGGCCUAACAGAGGGGGAGAGCAUCUCUGCAGCAAGCUGUGAAUCCUUUACAAGUGGAACGAACCAAGUCCUCCUACCGCAGGGGGAGUCUGGGAACCCAUACGCACCUGCUCAGCCCAGCUACCCCUCGGCCCCAACUUCCCUUCAGGCAUGCCCACCCAAUGCCACUCAAAUGCCACUUCCCUCUCAAUCAAUGGACGGCGCCACUCCACACACCUCCAUAGUUCAGUCGCAGUCCUACGUCCCCCCCGUCUCGCCCCAGCAGGCCCCUAUUGGCAUCCUCACCGCUCCCAUGUCAAUCGGAGAUGCCACAGGAGUGAUAGGAGGGGCUGUCCCGAUCGCACAGCAAACUCAGCCCACACCCUUUCCGCAUGAAAUGCUUCCCCAGCAAACACAGCUAGCCAUAGUUCAGCAGCAGCAGCAGCAGCAGCAGCAGCAGGCAGCGCUGGACGCACCGGCAGCCCUGUUGCAGCACCAGACGGCUAAUGUGAUCACGCAGCCUCAAGCUGUUCUCAUGCAGCAACAGAUAGAGCAGACACAGCAACAAGGGGCUCCACUGCAGCAGCAGCCGCAGCAGCAGCCGCAGCAGCAGCCGCUGCAUGCUAACGCAGGAAUACCACAGCAGGCCGAGCAGCCUCUGAUCGCACAGCAGCAGGAGCAGCAGCAGCAGCAGCAGCCCAACCACAGCUCAGCACAGCAGUCGUACGUGCCUGUGCCACAGCAGCAGCAAGUUCUACCGCAAAAGAUUGAACCACAGACGCAGCAAACGUACAUCCAGCCCCACCCAGGACUACCACAGCAACCAACUGUGAUGCAACAUACACAACAGCAUCAUCCCCAGCAAGCCCAUUUGCAACAGCCAUCGAGUGAACAACAGCAAUGUAUGAUUUUGCAACAUCAAAUAGAGCAGCAGCAGCAGGUCUUUGUACCACAACAGGCUGAGCCACAAGGUCAGAUACAGCAGCAGCAACCCACCCAGCAGCAACAGCAAGCCCUGUUACUGCAGCUACAGAUCGAACAGCAGCAGCAGCAGGCACUAUUAAUCCAGCAGCAGCUGGAGCAGCAGCAGCAGCAGCAACAGCAGCAGCAAUCCUACCUGCAGCAUCACCACCAACAACAACAACAGAUAGAACGACAACAACAACAGCUACUGCUGCAGCAGCAGCAAACACAAGCGCCACUGCAACAGCUGAUAGAACAGCAAAGCCAGCCACAACAGGUUUUGGUUCCACAGCCGAAUGAUCCACAACAGCAAGUUCUUCUACAGCAACAACAAAUUGAGCAACAGCAAAAACAGGCGUUACUACAGCAUCAAAUGGAGCAACAGCAACAGCAAGCCCUGUUGUAUGAACAACACCAACAGCAGUUCGAACAACAGCAACAGGUGAUAUUGCAACAAAAGCAGUUGGAAAAGCAGCAGCAACAGGCACUGUUACAGCAACAGCAGCAGCAUCAAAUUGAGCAACAGCAGCAAGCUGCUCUGCAACAACAAUUAGAGCAAAAGCAUCAAGCUUUAAGACAACAGCUAGAGCAACAGCAGCAGGCCAUGUUACAACAGCAGUGGGAACAACAGCAACAGUUGGAGCUACAGCAGCAACAACAACAGGCCUUACUGCAGCAGCAAAGAGAACAGCAGAUGCAACAGCAUGUCCUUAUGCAACAUCAGCAGGUUUUAUUCCAACACCAAAAGAUUGAGCAACAGCAAGCUUUACUGAAGCAGCAGCAGGCGGAGCAACAUCUUAAGCAGCAGGUUUUGUUGCAGCAGCAGCAGCAGCAGAUGGAUCCAGCAGCGGCGGUGGUCCAGCAUCACAGCGGACCCCAGCACAUCGAACAAAUCGACCCGGCGCCUGCCCAACUCCCACAAGAGCAGCAAGCGAUCAUGCAGCAACAGAUCGGUCAGCAGCAAGCAAUGCCUCACCAGCUGCACUCGAGUCUCACUCAGCAGCAAGUGGAUCAUCAGCAGCAGCAGCAGCAAGCAUUAGUACAGCAGCAACAAGCUCUGCUCUCCCAGCAGCAGCAUCAGCAUAGGAGCUCUGUGGUGGAGUCCCAGAUCUCUGGCAUCAUUCAAGCAGCCCCUGAGGUCACCGCUCAAGUUCCUGGACAGGUUCAGGCUGUUCCGGCUCACGUUCAACCCCAGAUUCCGCUCCAGGCUGCUGUUCAGCCUCAGAUCCAACCGGUACCAGUCCCGAGUCACGGUGAAGCAGCCGCCCAUCUCCAGAACCAGGGGCACAGCGCGCCACAAGUGCAGCCUCCUCAGGCAUUUAUACCGACCCAGACGCAAGCACUGCCUCAACCCAUGCCUCCUGUCCAAAGACAGCCCCAUGCGAGCCAGCCCCAGGUUCUUCUCCAAUCUACACAACAAGUGCAGGCACCCAUGCAGACCCAGGCAGCACUGCAGCCUCAGAUGCAAGCUCAAGCAUUUGCUCAGGCCCAGGCACUCACUCAGAUUCAGCCUCAGGGUCAGAUGCUGCCAGCCCCAGCUCAGAUCCUGUCCGUCGCUCCGAUCCCCGGGCCAAUCCAACCUGAGCAGACAAUGGCACCCCCCAGUGUGCCAAUGCAAGGGCAGAUACAAACACAACAGCAGGCUCCCGCUAUACCGCUGUCAUCACAGUACACUCAAGCAGCACAGCCAGUGCAAUCAACAGUUCAAUCGGUCCAAUCGGACCUCACUAUUCAAUCCAUGCAACAACAGCCAGUGGUACAGUACCAACAAAUGAUGCUGUCUCCAGGUGCAGUCGCUGCUGCUGCCGUCACUACGGCACCCACAGUCUGCCCUGCUCCCAUGAGCUCGACACCACAACAAUUUACACCGCAGAGCAGUCAGGCACACAUCCCGACCCAGGUUCAGCCCCAGCACAUCAUCCAGGCCCAGCAUCAACCCAUGAACGCAGGCGUGCAACCAAUGGUGCCGCCUCUGGCAACACCGCAGCCUCUGGCAACACCGCAGUUUGAGCCUCAGCAGCUGCAGCUGCCGCCAGCUCCACAGGUCCCGCAGCAGCAGAUGCAUCAGGCCGCUUCAACGACAACACAGCCUUUCAUGCAGCAGCAGCAGCAGCAAAGCAUUCCCACACAGCAGGCGGUGGUUCCCCUGGAGCAGCACAGUCAGCUCUCAUGUCAGCCCCAGGCCACUCCCCAGCCAACACCUCAGUCCUCCGCACAGACCCAGGCCCCGCCCAGAGUUCUUCCCCUGUACAGUCAGGUUGUUGCUGGCCCGUCGCCACCAUCACCUCAACACCAGGUCCCUCCUCGAGGGGGCCCUCUGCCUGCCCAUACGCAGACUCAGACCAGCAAUCAGCCCCAGACGCACAUCCAGACACAGACUCCUGCCCAGAUGGUCCAGACACAGUCCCACACACAGACACAUGUUGAGACCGAAGCAGGAUCAGACCAACCUCUGUAUCCUCCACACAUGGCCUUCCAACCUCAGCAGUUACCCCCAAGUCCAUCUCAUGCCACCACUUAUCUCCACACUGCUCUGCCAGCCGCUCACCCCACUGUCCCCCCUGCCCCCGAGUGCCCUGCUCAAGCUGGGGUACCUGCCAGCUACCUGGGGGUGAUUGACGUGGUCCCCAUAUCCCCAUAUCCUGCCACUGCUUUCCAGACCCUCGGCUCUAACGGUCCCUCGCUGCCCCCAACCUCCCUAGCGGAAUGUGACCCUGCUCUGCUGGGUAUUGCUCAGGAGAGUCAAGGCCAGUCUGCUAACAAGCAUUCGUCAUCUGGCUCUGCCCCAGCCAAUGGAGAAGAAGCUCUACAGCUGUGGGCCAAUGGGAAAUUGGAUCGGUUGAAAUUACAGAGGAGAUCAUCCUAUCAGAGGGCAGACAAGACUACUCAUUUUCAGCUAAGCAUGCUCCAGGUGUCCAACACUGGAGACAACAUGGUGGAAUGCCAGCUUGAGACUCACACUAACAAAAUGGUCACCUUCAAGUUUGAUGCUGAGGGUGACGCUCCAGAGGAUAUUGCAGAUUACAUGGUGGAGGAGGACUUUGUCCUUAAUUCAGAGAAGGAAAUAUUUGUUGAGGACCUACGAACCAUAGUAAAGAGAGCUUCGGAAAUCCUGCCAACUCAGUCACAGGCUGGGUCGAUGGAACAGCUGCACGUGAGCACCCCUUCAUCAAUGGAUUCAGCCCCGCAGGCGUCUCCCGUAGGCCGCUGGCGCUUCUUCAUCAACCAGACGAUCCGGCAUCGUGACUCCCAGUCAAACCAGGGAGCCUCCACACCGCCCCCAUGUGGAGAGGGCCAGUCCCUACAGCUCGGAGAGUCUGAGAAAGACCGCGAGGGAUCACAGCGCUCCGAAUCCUUCCCUUGGAUAGCCUCCCCUCCCUGCCCUGUGCCGUCUGCCUCCUCCCCUCCGGUCUCCACUGUGUCUGCCCCUGCCUCUAUGUCUGCCCCAGCCGCUGCCGCCCCUGCUCCUGACACUACUGCCUCUGACUCGACCUCUGCCCCGGCUUCUGCAGUAGUUCACCACCUUCCCCCAGCCUCUGCUGCCCACGACGCACCGCCUGUCGUCUCUGUAGCCAUGCCUGACCAGGCCUCUGGUAGCGCCAGCUUAACCCAUGUGCCCACUGCUAUCUUGCCCAGCCAGAUCGUAGCCCCAGUCAGUGCCCCUCUGCCUGUCGCUGAGGCUGUAGUCACACCCGCCUCCAGCAUAGGCUCUUCCGUUGGGCUCGGGGUGGCCGAAGCCCCCCAAGGGCAGUGUCUAUCAGAGGGGGAGCAGCGUACCUCACUCUCAUCUUCCUCCAGUCACGCCCCCUCUCCGGCUCCCCCCGUCAGCCAUGCUGGCCACCCAGCAGAGCGACCACAACCCCUUCAGCAGGGGCCUCCUGUCCAGCCAGUCCAGCUGCCUGUGGCUGUCCUGGAGCAGACUCCUUAUGCUCAACAGGCAGCAGUGCAGCUUCAAAUGCAACAGCAGCUUCUGUUACAGCAACAGAUCCUGCAGCAGCAGCAGCAGCAGCAGCAGCAGACAAUCCAGCAGCCACUCCCAGUCCAACAGCCACUCCCAGUCCAACAGCCACUCCUCCCAGUCCAGCAGCCACUCCCAGUCCAGCAGCCACUCCCAGUCCAACAGCCACUCCCAGUCCAGCAGCCACUCCCAGUCCAACAGCCACUCCCAGUCCAACAGCCACUCCUCCCAGUCCAGCCUCAGCCCACUCUCACGGGGCAGAUAAUGCCCGUCGUGCCGCAGGAGCUAAAACCACAGUACACCCCUCCCUUGCAGAUGCAGCAGCCUCUGUUGCAAACAGUGCAGCAGCAAACAGUCCUGCAGCCAGGCCCACUACCCCAGCCGCAGCUCCAGCAGGCCCCUGCAGAGCAGCUGCAGUCCCUUCAGCAGCAGGCAGUGACGCUUCAGCACCAGCCACAGCUCCUUCAGCAGUGGGCUCAGCCCAGCGUAGAGCAGCCACAGCCGCAGCUCCAGCAGCCUCUCCAGCAGCAACAGGCACCCCAGAUACAGCAGUUUGUUCAGGAGCAACCGCAGCUCCGGCCACAGAUGCAGGCCCCCAUUCAGCAGGCAGUGCCUCGAGAGCAAACUCCCCAGCACAUAGUACAGGCCCAGCUGCCACUGUCCCAGCCCUUGCCCCUCGAGCCGCAGCCGCAGCCGCAGCCGCAGCCGCAGCCGCAGCAGCAACCCAUGCCUCCAGCUCCCCAGCCUCUUCAGAAGCAGCCCUCCUUCCUGCAGUCAGAGUCGGAGCUCUCCACAGGAGAGGCCAGCACUACCGAUGACACCUCGGGCUACCAGCACACGCCCCAGGUGCCGCCCUCGUCCUCCGACGUCUCUCUCCCCCAGCUACCCCUCAGCUCCUCCGAGGCCGCUCCGCUCCCGGCACUGACCCACACGCUCACCCCCUCCCCGGUCCAACCCUCCUCGGUGGCGGAGUCUGACAGCGAAGGGCCCCCCAAAAUCGAGUUCGUGGACAACCGCAUAAAGACCCUGGACGAGAAGCUGAGGAACCUGUUGUAUCAGGAGUACAGUGGUGGCGGCGGCGGAGGGGCGGCGCCCGGUGGAGCUGGGGCGGGAGCCGGAGCCUCCGCAGGCUCCUCCGCUGUUCCCGGCAACGCCUCCUCCUCGUCGACCGGAGCGACAGCGCUCUCGGCUUCGGCGGGUGGGGAGGAGUCGUCGGAGCCCCAUUCGCUCCCCGCCGUCGCUCCCUCCUCCUCCUCCUACCCCCCAGCCUCCUCCUCUGACACCUCCCCUCACUCCUCCACCUCCAGCACGUCCUGCACCACCCCGCGUUCCUCCUCCACCUCCCCUGAGCUGGACAGGGCCCGCCACGCAGAAGAGGUUCAGCAGGCCUUGGCCGGCCUGCCUGCUUCUGUUGCAGCCGCCCCUGUGGAGCACCAGCCCGUCCCCUCCUUCUCCUCCUCCUCCUCCACCCCUCCCUCCUCCAUCUUGUCUCCCCCCCAUGGACAGGCUGCUGUGCCUUCUCCCAGUGAUACCAAAGUCCUCGCUGCCCCCCCCCUCUCUGACAGGAGUGCCCCAGGAGACGCCUCGUGGCCUCCGGCCCCGCCCACGCAGCAGACCCCCGUCGGCCUCGGAGCCCCGCCGCAGCACAAUGCAGGAGGUGGAUAUUUUGGCCUAAACCUGACAUGUCCUAGUAUCAGAAAUCCUGUUAGCAAGAAAUCCUGGACUCGCAAAUUCAAAAGCUGGGCGUGCAAACUGCGCCACUCCGCCAGCUUGUUCAAGAAGCCCAGAGUCCAGCAAGAUGGGAACUCCAGUAGUCAGGCUGCGAAGGAGGAGAGAGAAAGCGCUGACCAGGUCCCACAGGAGCAGUCACGACGCGGGCGUUUCCAGGUCACUCCAGUACCCCAGGUCUCCGAGCCUUCACCCCCCAGCGAGGCUCCGGCCAGCCAGGGCAGCACCCACAGGAAAGUGGGGCGCUUCUCCGUCACCCAAGCGGAGGCCAAGGCGGCCGAGUGCCAGACGGACAGCUCCCCGGUCUCGCCGGACCUGGAGCGGGGCGAGAGGCGGAGGGCAAAGGGGGGGAGAGAGGGGGGCGAGAGGGACGAGGGCAAGAGGACCCCCGUGCCCCCUCACCACCCGGCCCGAGUGCACGCCCACUCGCCGCCGGUCAGCAGCGACGAGGAGAGCGAGAUGGAGGACGAGGAGCUGCGGAGGGAGCUGCACAAGCUCCGAGAGAAGCACAUCAAAGAGGUGGUGUCCCUGCAGGCUCAGCAGAACCGGGAGCUGCAGGAGCUCUACAGGCAUCUGCGCUCUUUCAAAGACAACCACCAGUCACUGCCGCCGCUGUCGCGUACCCCUCCCCUGCCUUCGUCGCUGCCCCCAGCCAUCUCCCCGCGUCGGCCCCGGCCGGCGAAGACCAAGCAGCGGCCCAGACCCCACUCCCACCUGGACAACAAUGGAGUCACACAUGCUGGCAUCCAGCAAUCCAGUAGUUUCUCGGCUGGGGAGCAGGGCCACCUUGCUCUGGCCCAGAGCCCAGCCAAUAAGAAGAGCACAUUUACAGAUGAGUUGCACAAGCUGGUAGAUGAUUGGACGAAAGAGGCGGUGGGCGCGGCCCAACCCAAACCCUCGCUCAAUCAGAUCAAACAGAUCCAGCAGGAACAAGAAUUAGGUGGCUGGAAUCAACAUACUGAGAUUCAGCAGACCGCCCCACCAGGCUGGUUCCCCGUGGCCCCUCUGAACCCGCAGCCCGUUCCAGCCAGCGCAGGCCUCCCCGCCACGGCCCCCUCCCAGUACUCCAGCGGGGGGCCCCACCAGCCCCAGCAGCAGCCCCAGGCACCGGCGCCGCCGCCCCACGUGCCCGUGGUGUCCCCCUCACAGCCCCCCCAGCAGGGCCUCCACCUGCCACCGCUGCAGCCGCUGCAGCCGCUGCCCUUCCAGUCGCCACCGCUCCACAUGCAGCACCUUCAGCUGCGCCCCGGCCCAGCGCCCCUUGGCCCGCCCUCCAUCCCGCCGCCCCUGCCGAUGCCCCCUGCACAGAUGCCCACCCAGAUGCCUGCCUUACCCGACCGGCGUGCCCGCAAGCAGGCAGCCGCCUCCGCCGCCGGCCCCCUGCUGCUCCUCCACCACCUCCUCCACCCAGAGCUCCGUGUCUGCGCCGAUCAUGCCCGGCGUGGGCGCCCCCUCUGCUGCUGUACCCGCCAGCCCCUCUGCUGCUGUACCCGCCAGCCCCUCUGCCACCUCCAGCGCGCCUCCGGCCAGCGGUCUGGCCCCGCUCAGAAGAAAACUAAGCCUAAGCACGGAUACAACAACCAGAUGUUAACUAGCAAAGCCUCCAUCAUCAUCAGCGUCAAUAGCACAAACAAUCUCCACUGA